CAGCUUCUCGACCCAAGAGGCAGUGGGCGUGGGGCGCGGGCGCGCGGGCGCAGGCCGGGACCGACAGACGCUCGAGAGCCUGAGAUCUGACCGGGUGGGAACAUCAGGCACUAUGGGCUUCUCAUCGGAGCUGUGCAGCCCCCAGGGCCACGGGGCAGUGCAGCAGAUGCAGGAGGCGGAACUUCGCCUCCUAGAAGGCAUGAGGAAGUGGAUGGCCCAGCGGGUCAAGAGUGACCGGGAAUAUGCAGGUCUCCUUCACCACAUGUCCCUGCAAGACAGUGCAGGGCAGUGCCGGGGCAACCCCGACAGCCCCAUCAGCCAGUCCUGGGCAGAGAUCACCAGCCAGACGGAGGGCCUAAGCCGGCUGCUGCGACAGCAUGCGGAGGACCUGAACUCGGGGCCCCUGAGCAAGCUGAGCCUGCUCAUCCGCGAACGGCAGCAACUGCGCAAGAGCUACAGCGAACAGUGGCAGCAGCUGCAGCAGGAGCUCACCAAGACCCACAGCCAGGAUAUCGAGAAGCUGAAGAGCCAGUACCGAGCCCUGGCCCGGGACAGCGCCCAGGCCAGGCGCAAGUACCAGGAGGCCAGCAAAGACAAGGACCGUGACAAGGCCAAGGACAAGUACGUGCGCAGCCUGUGGAAGCUCUUUGCCCACCACAACCGUUAUGUGCUGGGCGUGCGGGCCGCGCAGCUGCACCACCAGCACCACCACCAGCUGAUGCUCCCCAGCCUGCUGCAGUCACUGCAGGACCUGCACGAGGAGAUGGCACGCAUCCUGAAGGAGAUUCUGCAAGAAUACCUGGAGAUCAGCAGUCUGGUGCAGGACGAGGUGGUAGCCAUCCACCAGGAGAUGGCUGCAGCUGCUGCCCGCAUCCAGCCUGAGACUGAGUACCAAGGCUUCCUGCGACAGUACGGCUCCACACCGGACGUCCCCCCGUGCGUCACCUUCGAUGAGUCCCUGCUUGAGGAGGGUGAACCGCUGGAGCCUGGAGAGUUGCAGCUGAACGAGCUGACCGUGGAGAGUGUACAGCACACGCUGACCUCAGUGACAGAUGAACUGGCUGUGGCCACCGAGACGGUGCUCAGGCGGCAGGAGGUGGUUACCCAGCUGCAGCGUGAGCUCCAGAAUGAGGAACAGAGCAUCCACCCUCGUGGGAGGGUGCAGUUGCUCAGCAAGAGGCAGGUGCUGCAGGAGGCGCUGCAGGGGCGGCAGGUGGCACUGUGCAGCCAGGCCAAGCUGCAGGCCCAGCAAGAGCUGCUGCAGGCCAAGCUGGAGCAGCUGGGCCCUGGCGAGCCCCCACCCCUGCUGCUGCUGCAGGAUGACCGCCACUCCACAUCGUCCUCGGAGCCCGAGCGAGAGGGGGGAAGGACGCCCACACUGGAACUCCUCAAGAGCCACAUCUCGGGAAUCUUCCGCCCCAAAUUCUCGCUGCCCCCACCGCUACAGCUCGUUCCCGAAGUGCAGAAGCCCCUGCACGAGCAGCUGUGGUACCAUGGGGCCAUCCCACGGGUGGAAGUGGCUGAGCUGCUGACGCACACCGGGGACUUCCUGGUGCGGGAGAGCCAGGGCAAGCAGGAGUACGUGCUGUCGGUGCUGUGGGAGGGCCUGCCCCGGCACUUCAUCAUCCAGUCUUCCGACAACCUGUACCGACUGGAAGGGGACGGCUUUCCCAGCAUCCCCUUGCUCAUCGACCACCUGCUGUGCUCCCAGCAGCCCCUCACCAAGCAGAGCGGUGUCGUCCUGCGCAGAGCUGUGCACAAGGACAAGUGGGCACUAAACCAUGAGGACCUGGUGCUGGGCGAGCAGAUUGGGCGGGGGAAUUUCGGAGAAGUGUUCAGCGGACGUCUGAAGGCCGACAACACCUUGGUGGCUGUGAAGUCUUGUCGAGAGACGCUGCCCCCUGACCUCAAGGCCAAGUUCCUGCAGGAAGCAAGAAUCCUGAAGCAGUACAGCCACCCCAACAUCGUGCGUCUCAUUGGCGUCUGCACCCAGAAACAGCCCAUCUACAUCGUCAUGGAGCUCGUGCAGGGGGGCGACUUCCUGACCUUCCUUCGGACGGAGGGAGCCCGCCUGCGGGUACUGCUGCAGAUGGUGGGGGAUGCAGCGGCUGGCAUGGACCACCUGGAGAGCAAGUGCUGCAUCCACCGGGACCUGGCUGCUCGGAACUGCCUGGUGACAGAGAAGAACGUCCUGAAGAUCAGCGAUUUCGGGAUGUCCCGGGAGGAAGCCGAUGGGAUCUAUGCAGCCUCAGGGGGCCUCCGACAAGUCCCUGUGAAGUGGACUGCACCCGAGGCGCUUAACUACGGCCGCUACUCCUCUGAGAGCGACGUGUGGAGCUUUGGCAUCUUGCUCUGGGAGACCUUCAGCCUGGGGGCCUCUCCCUACCCCAACCUCAGCAAUCAGCAGACUCGGGAGUUCGUGGAAAAUGGGGGCCGCCUGCCCUGCCCAGAGCUGUGUCCUGAUGCCGUGUUCAGGCUCAUGGAGCAGUGCUGGGCCUAUGAGCCUGUGCAGCGGCCCAGCUUCAGCACCAUCCACCAGGAGCUGCAGAGCAUCCGGAAGCGGCAUCGGUGAGGCCAGGACCCCCUUCUCAAACUGGCAACCUCUGCAAGCCAAAGCGCACCUGCUCUGCAGCUCCAGUUCACACCGUUGGACAGCUCGUCACCAUCCUGGAUGCUCUGCAUCCCCGCUCCACCAUGGCCUCCUUUCAGGCAGAAAUAAUAAAACCACGUGUGCCCACUGA